UUCUAAAUGAAAAUUCCCAGGGAAAUAUUUCCCUUUUCCCUUCUCUCAUAUUCUAAACGAAAAAUUCCCGGGGAUUUUGUUCCCUUUUCUCUUUUCCCUUAUUAUAAACUAACUUCGAAUGUGGGAACAAAUACUCCGAGAAAAAAGUAGGCAUUCUAAAUGUCAAAAGAAGGGAAUUAAAAAAUGUAUUUGGCGCGAGUUUCUUCCCGAUAAAUUUGGUGGGGAGUUUGACCAAAAUGUCUAAAACAACAAACAAGUGCCAGCUUCAAAUUCUGUUGAGUUUGAUGGAAGCCCAACGCGAUAUUGCUUGUGGCUUCCAGAAAGGAAGCAAGGAGGAGGUGUUACUGUUUUGGCAUGCGGCUGAAAAUGCUUUAAAUGCAUCUGGGCCACCAAGCAAAAACAUAUCGGAAUGGAAAAAGGUGUGGUGUGACCAGAAAAAAUAUGUUAGAGCUAAGGCUGCUACAAACCUUAAGGCCAGAAAUGGUACUGGCGGUGGGCCAAACAAAGAACAAAAACUUUCCGACUAUGAACAGGCUGUCUACGACUUAAUUGGGAUGAAAGAGUCAAUAGAAGGUGUAACAGCAAAAACUUUUGGCCUGGAAACAAAAAAGGUAAACAAAGAAAAUGUUCAACCUCCGGAAAACGAACCUGUAGUUGAAGGAUACCUCCAGGAAUUAGUUAUUGAAGCCCUAUAUGACGAACCAGAAUCAACACCAGUAAAUACAACGCAAAGGGGUUACCCUCGUCCGAGUACAAGUAGUACAAAGAAAAGGACUGCCUCAGAAGCUUUUGAUGAGGAACUUAAGACUCAAAGGGAGUUAUGUGAGGCUGUCAAGGGUGUAGUUGAGGAAAUUAAAGAAAAUAGAAGAAACACCACAAAAGUUUACCGAGCUCUUGACAAAAUUUAUGAAUUUAAAAAAAAAAGUUAUGAAGAUUAUUUGGCGAUAAAAAAAGAAAAACUUGAGGAAGUUAAACGACACAACCAACGCAUGGAGCAAUUAAGAGUUCAAGAAAUCGAAGAUAAAAUUGAAAGUAACCGUCGGCUUCUUGAAAUAAAAGAACUAAAAGCUCAAGUUUUCCAGUUGUCGAAAGAUUGAACAGUUAUCCUUCGAAAUAUUUAUUUUUAAGUUUCAUUACCUUCUGUGAUUUUUUUAUUUUUAUGAUUUUUAAGUUUUUACAAUAGUUGCUUAGUGUGUAUGCAUAUGAAUUCCGUUAUUUUUUUGUUGUUAAUUGAUUUAAAAACGUGUGAUAUUAAAUAAAUAAAUGAAUUACUUUUGAAUAAAUUAAUUAAUGUUUUAUUGAUGUAUUACAUACAUAUGUUUAAAGGUUGAUGCCUAUAUUUUGUCGUAUUCUCUGCGCCGCUGUGGUAUACUCAGAUCUUUCUUGUGAUGCGAUUUCAAGAGGAAUUUCAGAAAUUUCAGGUGUUACAGAAAUCAAUUCAUCGUCCAUAGGAUCGGCUUUAUAAUAAAUGCAUAUGUUAUGCAAUGCGCAGCACACAUUUAUAAUUUUCGCUGCCUUCGCCGGGCAGUAGUGC